UACAAAGUUACAAUGUAUAUCUUGUCCCAGGACACUCCCUAGACCACACAAUUCUUUCCCCGAGCGCAGGUCUGGUCGAUCCAACGAAGGUUUUACAACGGCCUGAUGUCCAACCGAUUACUCCUGUAUUUAACUAUCAACGCGUAGAACGUGUUUUCGCACUCCUGAUAUCGAGCGCUCUGAAACCAGAUUCCUUAUCUUUAUUUCGUUAUUCACGAUCAUUUAGGGGUGAUCGAGUCCAUGCGGAGGCAACGAGGCGUAAAGUGCUGAGCAUUCCUUCUCGUUCCUCUUUCUCCUCCAGCCUUUUCAGUUGCAUAUACGAAGGGGGGACAUAGUCUCCUCUGGCUACUAAACAUCCUUUGGGAACUCAAGUAGCUGUCAGCAGUUAAAACAACAUGCCAAGACAAUCGAUCAAGAAGGUCGAUGGUGCCUCGGGGGAACCACCCAUCUGUAUCAUUUGCAGAGAUCCUAUAGAUGGAGCCGCAAUCCCAGUCCCAUGCGGGCAUGUCUUCGACCUUGCUUGCAUCACCCACCUCUUCCAGUCAUCAGUUCGUGACGACUCCCUGUAUCCACCCCGGUGCUGUCACAGGAACAUACCCUUCACGAAAGUGCGACGCUACGUCAGUCAAGCUCUAAUUGCGGACUUCCGGCUCAAGGGCCGGGAAAAGAAAACGAUGCAUCGGGUGUAUUGCUCGUCACCAUCCUGCAAUCGCUUUCUUGGUGCACUCCACCAAAAGUCGUCACGAAAGGUGUACGACUGUCCAGCCCCAAGUUGUUCCACCCGUACGUGUGGAAAAUGCCGUACCAAGUACGAGGGGGUUGGAAAUCAUAACUGCGUCAUUGACGCAGCGACGCAACAAGUGCUUGAUAUCGCUCAAGCAUCAGGUUGGGCAAGAUGCCCAGGAUGCUCCCAUCUGAUAGAGAAGAUCGCUGGCUGUAAUCAUAUGGUUUGUCGUUGUGGAACAACGUUCGAUUACGGCUGCAAGUAAUAGUACUGAUAGAAUCCACUUUUUCAUUUGCAUUUACACAUCCACUUUUCCGGGGCUCAAAGAUAAGGGACUUUUCAAUUAUGUAGAGUAGCUGUAUAUGUUAGAGCUUUUGACUCAAGCAAACAUAUAUGUCAUCCAGUACAACUCCACUAUGCAAUUCCUGUGCUUACCAUUGUACAUACAUUACGGACCCUCUUGGCACAAUAUACUGAGAUACUGAGCGGACCCCUGACAUGAGCUACCCGAGCACAGCAAGGUAU